AACUCGUUUAUCUUUAUUAGCGUUGCAAAAAUAGAAGACAUUUCAUUUAAUAGAAUAAGUCACGUUCAUUCGUAAAAGUACUUUUAAAGAUUUUUAACUAAGGGAUUCCUUAUACACAGCCAGCAAUAUACAGUUUUUAUGUUGACAAGAAUUACUAGAAGCUGUAACCUAUUUAAGCAUUACCACGUUACUUACAUGGUUUUGAAGGAAAUGUCUAACGUUUACUUAUCUUCCGUGUGAUUAAGUCGUUAACUAGACGUGUUUGAUUAGUUUAGGCGAUAGUAUGUGACUUGUGUCAUUAGAGAAAAAUUAAACGUUGCAGAAUUUAGAGUUUGCUAACAGUUCCAAUUAUAAAUGAUUAACAAGCGAUUGGUCACGUGUAAAGGUAUCAAUUCCUGUGGUAAUUUUAAAAGCAAUAUUGAUCAUUAAUUAAAGGUGUUCGUUGAAAUAUCUUCGGAUGUUUCAGAAACUCAAGUUAGCAAAUAAUUCCAGCAGAAUAUAAUUCUGAAAUUCUGAUAUUCCGCUAAAUAUAACGCAGAUUGUAUUUUGCAUUGAAUAUUAUAAUCCUUAUUUACAUACGUAUUUAGAUCCAUGGUGAUAAAAUAAGUUAAAAAUAAUCUUAUUAAUAUUAAUUGAUAAGAUUUAAUGUGACUGUAAACAUGUAUUCAAGUGUGAUUAAGUGACAAGUCACGAAUAUUUUCAUCACUAAGCGAUCGAAUCAAUCAAUGGUCACGUCACUUUGACAUAUUCAUAUGUUUGACAAUUUGAAUAAUAUCCAAAUGUAAAUUAAGGAAGUAUAGUUUGUUUUAAAUUAUUACUGUCAUAUUUAAUAUGUUUCAAUAAGUCUUAAUAUCGAGUUUGAAUUGGAUAAUUUAAUCAGUAAAAAAAUAACAAAACAGUUUUUGAAAAAGAUUGUUCCAUUUUCAAAUAACCUUUGGUUUUUAUUCUGUUUUUUUUUUAAUAAAAAUACCUUGCAUAGUUCAUAUUGAGUGUUUCCUUUAUCAACUAACAUAUUAAGACAAAACAUAAAAAAUACUAUACAAAAAGUAUUUAUUUGAAUAUUUUUAAUUUAAAAUGAGUAUCAAUGAAACGAAUAAUGGAAUUCCUUUACACAGCCAGCAACUACUGGGAUCAGGCGAUUUUUAUUCGCUUUAAAGUACUUCAUGUUUAAUUACAAAAAAAUAAGCAAAUUAUUUAUUUAAAAGUAAGAGAUUUCACGAUAGACUAUUUAUUAUUUAGACGUAAGCGUUACAUAAUAUCGAAAUCGGAUAUAAUUACAAGCAGAAAAAUGAAUGAAUAAGUAUUUUUAUGUAAAUCAGAAAGUGAAAGUACGCUUAAGCAUAAUCUUAUCUACAGAACUUGUAACGGAAAUCUUACGCUUUCAUAUUGUAUUUUUAUAAUUAAGAUAUACUAUGUCAUAAAAAUAACUUGUUGAUAAAUAAAUAUGAAUGAAAUUAGGUUUCCCAUUUAUAAAUUAUUAUAUUAAAAUAUUUAAUUUUCUUGAAAUAAAAUCUUUCCUCUUUAUAAUUUUAGUAUAAAUGCCAUAAAAUACUUAGUGAUAUCUAUAUACAAUGAUUUUCAUUAUCUUUAAAGUCGAAAAGUUUUCUUCAAUUGAUUUAUACAUAUUUUACGCGAACUUGCUCUUAUUUAUUCUUCCCAUGAAAAUAAUAACAUUGAAGCAUAGCGACACAUAGCUACAAUCCAGUAAAGACACAAAAAUUAUACUCUAAAAUCAAUUAAAAUUCCAUUAUCAUAGAGGCGCCUCACUGACGCAUGCUUUGCAAUCUUGCAAAUGAACAUAAACCGCAAUUUGUCUACCGUGAUUUUGUACUAUUAACGUUAACUCGAAACUGAUUAUAAAUUAAUUAAAAACCAUAAUCAAACUUGAUUUUGAAAUUGUUGAUGAACUUAACCAGACUCUCUUUUGAUUAUGAACAAUAAACUGUAAUUUACUGUAAUAAAUACCUGUCAAAGUCAGAAAAGACAUAUUAUCAUCAGAUAUGUGUAAAAUACUAAAUCAAACAUAAGAUCAGAAAUUAUUUCACAAUAAUAACACAAACACGCCUAUGUUGUAAUAAUAAACACAUUCCUUUCAUAUGAGUUGGCGACUAUGGACUUCUCAUGUGAAAUUUAAUACAAAAAAAAUGAAAAACCGCGCUCUAAUAAUUUAAAAAAAUUUUUGUUUAUCAGCCAUCUGAUAUUUAAGUUAAAAUAAACUAUAAUGUUAGAAUCCAAUAUUUUCAAACACAUUUAUGAUUUGAAGAUUUGAUAUAGAAAUAAAAUUCUAAUAUAACACUACAGUUAAUAUUUUUUUUAAGGAGAAUAAAUUUUACAUUGCGCGUUUAUGUUAUACAUAGCAAAAGCUUUUAACAAUUACACCGUACAGUAAUAUCUUAAAUUAAUAGAUAUGUUACUAUUGUAUAAAGAAAUAUUUAUAAAUACUAACCAUGUGUAAUUUUCUCCUGCAGGCUACCAAGGAGCGGCGGAACAACUUCCUACGGCGCACAAAAGCAACCUCGCCUUCUUACACCACAGAUGCAGAUGUAACAACCACAGACAACAUAGAAACCACCACAGGAAAAUACACAAGACGCGCAGGUUCUAAAUUCAAGAGCCGCAAGGAACCCGAAAAGGCGGGAAAUGAGAACGAAAAAGCGAAUGAGGAUCGUGCAAAAGAGGACGGUCGCAAGCGGCCAUCUUUGAACGGCGGCGCGCGGCGUAGUGAGAAACCAAAUCGCACAUUCGUACGCCGCAGGCUUGGUGGGACUAACUGUGAGUAGGGUUAUCACUUUAUUUUUGAUGGUUUGUUUAUUGAAGUCGUUAAAUUCUCGUUAUUGAAUAAAGUAUAGACUGAUGAAUGAAGUAAUUUUAUAAACAUCAGUAGAACUAUGAUGCCAAUACAUUAUUGAAAAAGGGUUUGUUAUUGAAACGAACACAAAUAAACAAGGUUUUACUAUUAACUACAUUGAGAGAAACUACACAACAUUUUGAAAUGACUAAAUAAGUAUCACAAUUAUGAUCAAACCUUUCAACAGAAAGUAGGUUUUGUGGUAAACUACAAAUAUAAUAUAAUAAAACUUUGAUAAGUAUCUAAAUAAUAUAGAAUUCAAUAUCAAGAGAUUUAUAAAUUUAUAAUUAUUAAACAAAACUGCCAGCCCUAGCAAAAUCUGGUUUUCUGCUUGGUAUAUCAAGUUGCUAGUGUUACACCGGUGCGCAUUAUUACGGGUCAUUCUCCAUGGAAAUCGAGGGAAAACGUUUUAAGGACGGGAUUCUAAGCUCGUUUGAAAGUUAAGGUCAAAUUUACAUACUGGCUUAUUGGUAUCUUAAUUAUUUAUUGUAACUGUCAUUUUACUUAAUAAGUUUUAAGAGCCCGCCUCGGUUGACUUGCAUUUUUUCCGAGAAUUUAACAAUUAUUUCCAUGAAAAACUAAGGUUUUUUCAAAACAACUCUAU